AUCAUAUUUUUCAAGACUGAAUACAAGAAGGACCUUCUUUUAACUCAUACUCUCUCACUCUCACAUUUUAAGGCAAGCUUUGCUAACGGAUGAGUUACUUUGUUCCCCUCUCUAGGAGUGUACUGCAACUUCCAUCAUGGUCUGUUUCUGAGAACUUUCUUGAUGUCUUCGAUUACUUGACCAUACCAUGAACAAUUCACUGCUGUACUGUUAACUUCUCUGACUACAGCAAGAUCGAGCAUCCCUUCAAACACCACCUCAAUGUUUCACGCGGCCCUUUAAUAUUUGACGUGUCAGCCACUCGGUCAGAUAAAGUACUGAUGCUGGACAAAUAACAGGCCAGACUAGCUAAUAGCUAUCUACCACAUGAGCCGUUAAGCAAGGAGAUUCCGACUCGCCAACCAGGAUUUUGGAGCUAAUAAGAUAUCUGGGAAGGAAACUCUUCAAACAACCCGUGUCACUUGGUUUAUCAAAUAUCUCCAGCAGUGGACAUGGACAAGUACCCAACAAGGACUACAGCACCUUAUCAGGUAGUUGAGGAAGAAGACUCUGUAGACAACCGGACAGGGAGGAUUAAUUACGUGGACUUAGUGGAGGAUGUUCGAAGAGGUGAUUGGAACUCUACCAGAUAUUUCCUAGAGUCCCACCCCGAUGCUUUGAGAGCGAGAAUCACAGUUACGGGAGGGACGGUUCUUCACUUAGCUGUUGCUUCUGAACAGGAACAUAUAGUGGAGGAGUUGCUGAAUAUGAUUUCGGAACAAGACUUGGCAAUGAAAGACAAUGCCGGCAAUACAGCUCUACAUGAGGCAAUUAUUAGUGGGAAUUACCGGAUGGUAGAAUGCCUUAUUACAAAGAACAGGAGCUUGGUUAGCUUCAGAUCUGCUUUGAACGAGCUUCCAGUUGUUAGCACUAUGGCCAUGGGACAUAAAGAAUUGGCUCGCUAUCUCUAUUCUCUAACUCCGUCGGAAGAACUAGAGGCAGAAAAAGCUGAGCAGGGUGCUAAACUUCUUACCUAUGCCAUCCAUGCCAGAGAUUUAGAUCUCGCCUUGCAUUUAAUUAAGCGUUGUCCUUCUUGGGCUUUUGCCUUCCACGGAGAAUAUUUCUCCCCUCUGCAAGCACUGACUGUGGUCAUGACGAGUAGCCAAUUCGCGAGGAUAAACUGGCUCAAGCGUUGGAUCUACAAUCACAGUGUACACAUUUCAUCUGCUGGUGCUACCGAUCAAAUACGUUUGGAUAUUAAUCAAAAUGAUCAAGAAAGAAGUAUCGGAUCAGGGCAAGCUCUUUUGCGCCAACGUCGCCAAACAGUUUCAAGUCUCUUGAACCUCUUCGGACUUAAGGAUUUAUAUGAAGCAACGUUGGUAGAUAUCGAAUUUCAAGAUCUUUUAUCUCGCAUUUGGAAAGUGAUACGAUCCAUACGAAUUUCAGAUAUUAAUAUGUGUUCAGACAUUAUUGCGGACACAAUCUUCAGUGCUAUCAGCAGAGGGAACUUCGUAUUUGUUUCUGAAAUGCUCGAAGCAAAUACGGAAUUGUACUUCAUCCGUAACUCUAGUGGAAUGACCAUAUUCCAUUAUGCUGUCCUACACCGUCAACAUCAAAUCUUUAACCUUAUAUACGGGUUAAAACAGAAGAAUGACCUAUUGCGUUAUCGAGAUAAUGAUGGCAAUACCAUAUUACAUACGGCAGGGAAGUUAACCGAAGUCACUCCUAUUGAUCACAUCACAGGUUCAGUUUUGCAAAUGCAAAGAGAAAUACAAUGGUUUAAGGAGGUUGAAAGAAUUUGCCCUCCCAUGAGUAAGGAACUUUUAAAUAGAGAUGGUUUGAGUGCUAGAGAUUUGUUUACGAAGACCCACAGGAAUUUGAGGGAAAAGGGAGAGAAAUGGAUGAAGGCCACAACAACUUCUGGUUCAGUGGUAGGAACUCUCAUCAUUACAAUUAUGUUUGCGGCAGCAUUUACUAUUCCAGGUGGUAACCAUCAAGAAACCGGCUUGCCAAUUCUAGCACAUGACAAACUGUUUAAGAUCUUUAUAAUUGUUGAUUCUGUGUCGUUCUUUUCUUCCUCGACUGCAGUAUUAAUGUUUUUGGGAAUCUUCACCUCACGUUAUGCAGAUGAAGACUUUCUUAUAUCAUUGCCCAGAAAGAUGAUAAUAGGUUUUUUUACUCUUUUCUUGUCCAUCAUAACUAUGAUGAUAGCCUUUUCUACUGCCCUUUUACUUACAUUACGUGGGGAAUCAUGGAUUUUUGUUCCUAUCAUUAGUUUGGCUUGUGUUCCCAUUUUAUUUGUAUCGAUGCCAUUUCGCCUUCUUGUUGACAUGUUUGUUUCAACCUAUGGAUCGGGCAUCUUUGAUAGGAACAUGAAGCUUUGGUUUUGACUUUUUUCCUCAUUUGUUAUAAUAUUGUUCCAUUAAUAUUUGACAUAUUAACUAGAAUUGAUGAGUUUUGUAUAAUGGGACAGGUUAAUGAAUAUUUAGCCAACGUUUGUUGCAUGUUA